GUAAGAGCAGGUAAAGCUUCAGUGUCUCAUCCUGCAGCCUCAGAGGAGGAGAGCGACAGCAGCAUCCGAGGAAGCAGGACUCUAACGGUCUGACGAUGACCCGUCACUGAGCUCUCUGCUGCUCUCAGGUGUUUCAGGUCUCAUCAUGUCUUACCUGAGCUUCAGUCUGUCUCCCUCUGCUGGACACUGUGAGAACAGCAGCGUCUCUCAGCGCUCUCUGUCCAGCUCCGUCCCCUUCCUCCUCUACCCCUCCACCAUGGACCACUACAAGAGCCCCCUGAGGGGCCCCGGCCUCCUGCCCUACCUGUCCCCCUUCCACGCCCACGGACACUUCAGCGUCUAUGAGUGUCCCUUUGAGCCGGCGUUCAUCCAGAAGCGAAACGAGCGAGAGCGUCAGCGGGUGAGGUGCGUGAACCAGGGCUACGCCAAGCUGAGGGACCACCUGCCGGGUCAGAGCGCCGACAAGAGGCUGAGCAAGGUGGAGACGCUGAGGGCCGCCAUCAGGUACAUCAAAUACCUGCAGGGUCUGGUGGAGCUGGAGGACGGCCCGUCUCCCGACGCCUCGUCACCCGGAGGAGAGUCUGAGGGGGUCACAACCUGCUGAGACCGCCGACUUCCUGUUUACUGUUUCAACUUGAACUGAGCUGCAAACACGACGAGCCCGGCCCUCCGAGAACAUCAGAAGAAGAGACGUUAAAAAACUGUAGAGAAAAUGUUCUGUUGUGUGUUUCUGUUAAAGAUGUUUAUGAAGUUAUCGAUGUAAUGAACGGGUCCAGGAUGCAUUUUCAAAGAGAACUUUUUUUACACUGAGGACUUCGUUUUGACCAUCGCCUGUAAAUUAUUAACACGUCUAGGUCUCCGUCCGAUGGUUAAAAUGUCCCUGUGACGGGCGCUGGCUGAACUUCCUGUCCGUCUUGAGUCCAUCA